AUGCCCGGCGCGCGGUACCUGCCCGCCCCCAGCCGCCGCGCCCGGAGGAUGCAGACGCCGGGGCGAGCAGCGCCGCCGGCGGGGGCGGGCGGCCGCGCGCCGGGCGGCUGGGGCAAGUGGGUGCGGCUCAACGUGGGGGGCACGGUGUUCCUGACCACCCGGCAGACGCUGUGCCGGGAGCAGAAGUCCUUCCUCAGCCGCCUGUGCCAGGGGGAAGAGCUGCAGUCGGACCGGGAUGAGACUGGGGCCUACCUCAUUGACCGUGACCCCACCUACUUUGGGCCCAUCCUGAACUUCCUCCGGCAUGGCAAGCUGGUGCUGGACAAGGACAUGGCCGAGGAGGGUGAGUUGGUCCAGGGGGCUAGGCGGGGGACUGCAUCCUACCUAGCCCUGCCCUCUGCAGUCGGCCAGAGCCUUCCGUGGAAGUCCAAAGCCAUUUCUCCCAGUCAGGGCUGGGGGGACAUUUGAUUCCUUCCAUGUUUC